AUGGCUGGCGAAACUGGCGCUAUAUCGGUGUCUAUACUAGUUACGAUGGUUAUCGCUGGCUUUUUUGCGAUAUUAUUCUACAAUUUCGUCUACAUUAAUAUCAAGAUCUUCCUAACUUUCAAACACCGUCGAGUGUAUGCGACUGGAUUUCUACUAAAGUUCUUUAAACUUGGAGGGCCGAAACUAAUAGCUCUUGUCUUUAUUAUCAGCGGAUGGUAUUGCAUGGUCACAGGCCAAUUGGUGGUGCUGUACUCCCGCCUGCAUCUUGUGGAACCGGAUAUUAAAAAGCUUCGAUGGGUCCUCAUUAUGAUCAUGGUCGACUUCUUCCUACUGCACAUUAGUAUGACUGUCGUCUUUUUUGGUGCUAAUUCUUCGCGUCCAGGGUCUUUUCUGAAGCCGUUUAAGAUAUACGAGAAGGUUCAGGUGACGGGAUUUGCGCUUCAGGAGUUCAUUAUCUCUGGCUUGUACAUUUAUAAGACGUGGGACAUGCUUAGACCUGCAGUCGACGACUGGAGUCGGAAGGCGCGCAGGAUUAUGAUCCACCUCAUUGCUAUUAACAUCAUCAUUAUCAUUAUGGACAUAACACUACUCGGAACCGAAUAUGCGGAUCAAUACUAA